GGCGGGCCAGGGAGCUUCACCCUAAAACAAAACGACUCCUCUCCUCUCUCGACACAUUUCGUCUGCUGCUGCUGCUGCUGCUGCUCCUGCUGCCGCUGCCGUGAGAGGGCCCCCGAGCAGGGACAACGCACAACGCACGGCGCACGGCGCACGGCAACGGUUUGAUUGAAUGCCAAUCCGACAACGCAUUCACGCUCCCGCCUCUCUCAAUUUCAAUCCCUUCCCUUUUCUUUCUUUUCCCAGGGUCGAUUAGGUCGACUGGUUUAUUCCCGGGGCUCGACACGGCACGCGAUACGACAAGAUCGUGCAUUCUGUCGCCGACAUACUCCUCUUUCUUCCUCUUGCUGCUGCUGCUGCUGCCGCUGCUCGUCAUCGCGCCGCGACAAGCAGCCACCGCCCUCCCACCCCACCCCCCGCCGAACCACCACUCUCGAGAUUACGGUGCGUCUGUUCAAUCGAAAGUCGACGCCCCGAGGUCACACGCGCGCCGGACAGGUGCCAAUCCAGCAAUCGCAUUCCCGAGGUGGUGUUCUUCAACACCUGCUUCAUCUGAGACAUACAGCUUGGGCCACACCAUGAUACCUCAACUCGCCCUCUGCCCGCGACAAGACUCUCUGUGACGCCUGCCUACACCGACCAUUGUCUGCCGGGGCCACUCGAGACCACUCCAGCCUGUCGUCGUCCUGCACGCGAUCUCCUCUCGCCUCCUCUCGCCUCUCGCCUCCCGCCUCCAAAUCCAAACCAAAAGUCCAUACUCCUCCCCCACACACCGUCGCUGCCACCACCACCUGCACACAAGCUCGAACACGGGGCCAAGCCUGGACCACCACAACCCAGCCCGGAGUACGACUCUACACUCGCAUCCGCCUGCAUACGUGCUACGGCAGCACUUCGCAUCCCGCAUCCUCACCGCGCUGUAUAUAUAUGAUAAGCCACAUAGUCAACGGCCUCUGGAGGGCGAACACGCGCUCGAGAGUGGAGACAUGAAUACCGACGCUUCCUCCUCCCACUUCUCCCCCUCCAUCAAGCCUGCUUCCCGUCAUCACCCACCCACACCCUCCGACUCCUUCGGCAGCUCCCAGAACGCCUCCUCCUCCUCCGCCUCCUCCUUGUCCCCAUGCCCCGGCCCGGCCCCUGCCACCUCUUCUUCCCCAACCCAUGUCCCUGCUGCUUCCAACUCUCAUGAUACCCGAGCUGGCCCUCAAAAACCCUCCCCUACUCCCAUGAGGUCUGGCCUUCCCUUCUCACUCCCUCUGUUCUUUCAGUCAAACAACACCUCCAUCGCCUCCCUGGUGCCGUCCACCGCAGAGGGCAAGCCCAUCCCCCUCGAUGACAGCACCGCAGCCCACCGGACACUGGCACUGAGGGAGCUGAACAGCAACUUUCCUUCGCCCGUUGCUCGCCACAAAUAUGAGCGGUCCACCGGCGCCCAGAGCAAGACUUAUUCCAAGCCUGUCAUAGUUAGGACCUAUAGCGGACCAUCUCCUUCGCAGGGCCACUCCCGCUCCAACUCUCACUCGGCCCGCCGUGUGGCUUCCCGUCGAGGGCCGCCUUCGACAACCUCAACAUCCAUCUCCUACGUAUCCCCGGCUGCCCACUCCAGACCCGCUGGAGGGUCACAGAAUGGCAGCAUUCUGAGCAUGGCCCGCGGAAACGCAAAGAAGAAGCUGUGGCCCUGGAGACAGGGCCACGACGAAGUCCCCGCCGAGACCCUGCCGCCGCACGAAGCAUUCUCCUUCAAGGCGAUCAUGGCCAACCUCCAAGCCCAGUCCAAUGAGAUGGACAAUGCCCUCGACGGUAUUGCCGAGAUAUACGCGCGAUCGCGCUACAGUUUGAGCAACCAGUACGAGGUGCACGUAGCACCGCAUGGCUCAGGGACAUCCUUUGUCAGCGCCGUACCGUCGUCAUCCAUCAGGAGAAGAGGCUACACAAAGAACACCCACAGCCAGAACGGCUUGACGCUCCAGGCCAUCCAGUCGGGCGAUGAGGACAACAGCGCGAGUGCACGGUCACAUCGCAAGCGCCGGAGUACUGGGCGCCGCCAGAGCGCAGCCUACGGUACACUGGAGACCAUCAUGUCGUCAAGCAGGUCCUCUGAGGAGGACAAGACCAAGAAGAAGUCGGCGUCAGAGCUCAAGGAUCAAGUACGUGGCCGGGCUUCCUCCAAGUCGGGCCACAGUGGUUCUGGGUCGCCCAAUGCCAGCAAGGCCCCUGGCGCCAAUCCUCUCACCGGAAUGCCGAAACCCAAAGAGGUGACAAGGCAGAGGUCGAGGUCCUUUGCCAAUGCUAUCAUCCACGCUGACAGUUCGAGAUACUCCUUGCCGGGCGACGAGGCAGCUACGCCGCGAACUUCAUCUGCCGCCCUCGUGAGCGAACCGUCCUUACCACAGACAUCUAGCAGCCAUCUGGAGAUCCGGACAACGCCGAAUGAGUUAUUAGGCUCCGAUUCUCCCCGCAGCAGCCAAGCGCAGUCCCCAGCUCGUGACGAGUCUCCGGUAUACGCAUACGCCAAUGGGCACUCGCGGCAAGAGGACGCAAGUACCUCCAAUAUCGCAGCAAGGUCCGGUCUCACUGAUUGGGUCCCAUGGAAAACUGCAUUGUCAGGCGCAAUUGGUAACCCGCAACAAGGUAGUUCCUCUGCUGCCAGGAGCCAAGCAGAGGGGACCCUUCGCGAGUUGCUGAAAGGCAAAGGCAAAUCAAAUGCGGCAGAAUAGUCAGUCGCGUGUCUUGCGGCUGGCUGUCUUCACACCCGCGUGUGGUCUCUUUACCAAAUGUGAUAUAUAGCUGAAUCGUCAUGUCAGUGUUGUCCGUACUUUACGGGCGCACGAAAAGGUCCACAUUGCACGUGUCUUGCGAUGGGCCAACGGCAUAGGAAAAACAAAACAUAUUGACUGAAAUAUACCCAGAUACAGGAACUCAUGAAGGAAUAUGCUUUCUAGACUGCAAGUUAGUACGGGCGGACACAUGUAUACUGUAUGUAUGUAGCUUACGAUGUUUAUGAAGACUAUGAGGAUUGAUCUACGGCCAACUUGCUGUGCGUUUGGGCGUGUCAUUCUGUUGUCGCCCCUCGAGCAGCACAGCCUUGAAGACUCGAUCGCUGGAUGAGAUGCAAAAUUGCUACGGAUCUCUGACGCUGC